UUAUUUGUAAUUAACCAGACAACCGCAACAUGAACCACAGCUGAAAUAUUGAUGUUCAUUGAUGGAGGAACCACGACGUAGUUACAAAUGUGGUACAGUCCAAUGUCCUCUGUCUGGUGAGGAAAGACCUAAAGGCCACGGCUGGUUAUCAACAAAAGGAACCAUGGUCAACUUCAUGGCAUUUGCGCGUGAGCACUGGACGAAUCUAUUGGUGCCCAUGGGCUUUGUGAUCGGAUGGUACCUCGACAAACUACAGGACCAGAAGUUGACAGCUUUCAGGAAUAAAAGUGCUUUGUACAGGAGGGAACUGAAGCCAGGUGAAGAGGUGACCUGGAAGUAAUGCACACGUACCUGAAAUGUGUCCUGCCGUGACUGAUGGGAGGCCAACUAAUCACAAUAUUUAAGAUCAUACACUUGUCUUUUUGAGAUUUAUCAAUCAUUAAUAAACAUGUUAUUUCUCAGUCA